ACAUCUUUUCUAAAUCCGUACAUAACAAAUUUCUCAUUUUCUUCACCACUUCACUUCCCGGACCCACUCCCCAUCUCUCGCGCUCUUCAUGGAUACUCUUCUUCUCCGCCGCCAGUCGCCGGCGCUGGCGAUGGAGAUACCGAACCCGAACCCGAAACGUCCAUGCUGCUCCGCCACUUCCGGCUUAAACCCUAAAUUCACCACCAGUUCCAAUGGUUUCAGUUCCUAUAUCGAUCACGACGUGCUCUUGGAAUCGUUUCUCGGUCUCUCCGAUUCCUCCUUUGACAUCUCCUUCAAUCGGCUUCUCGGUUCUAAAGCUUCCGAUUCGGAACAGAAUGAUAUGAUAAACCGCGCACUUCGAUUAGGAUCUGCGCUUCUCGAAGCUGGCAAACGAUCUGCCCGCGCGCGCGAUUCCAUGCAUAACGCCGUCGUUUGGGCUCUUCCUUCCGAUCUAACUAUAAAAGUGUUUUCAUUGCUUGACACCCAAAGUUUAUGUUAUGCUGCGAUCACAUGUUCCUUUUUCAAAAAUUGUGCCGCAGACCCUGCAUGCUAUGCUAAUGUUGACUUGAUCACAGUGGUUCCUAGAGUCAAUAAUGCUGUUGUGGCAACAAUAGUUCACCGUGCUGGAAAUGGAUUCCAGUCUCUGAAGCUGGGCUGUGUACCUGGCCCACUUGCUUCAUCAUCGGGGUCUUCUCAACCAAUGGUUAAUUUUAUAAGGAAAUCUACAGAUGCUGCAGGAUUCUCAUGGAAUGAUAAGAGGUCCAGGCAGGGCAAAGAGUAUUCUAUUCUUACAAGGUCUUGCCUAGCACCUCUGAAUGCUAAUAAUGGAACUCCAGGGGCUUGCUUGAGAAGGUUGCACCUGUACAAUAUCGAAAGACUGGACAAUACUGCACUUAACGCUGCAUUGUCAGCCUGCCCAUCUUUGCUUGAUCUGGAAAUUGUUGGCCUUCAUGUGGAAUUAAGGCAGACACUGGAGUCUAUAAGUAAAUUUUGUCCCCUGAUUGAGCGUCUAUUCUUUGAAUCGUCAAAAACAGGUCGAGACGACAGUUUGAAACUGCCAACAUGCAGUGAUCUAGUGAGCAAUUGUCCUCGCCUAUCUUCAUUGGCCCUAAGGGGAUUUAAGUUGCAUGAUUAUAAAGCUCGCAUACUCGUUAAGGGAUUUCGUAAAUUGAGGUACAUUGACUUUUCAACAUCCUACUCGAUUACUGGCGCUUUUCUCAAGAAUCUAGGAGGCAGUGCGGGUGGGGGCUUACUCCAGGUAUUGAUUUUGAGGGAUUGCAUGCAUUUGAAAGAAGUAGAAGUAGCAAGGUUAUUAGCAGCAGUGCUUGCAGGGGAUUUUGGGCAUCUUAAAUAUCUUGAUAUAUCUAAUCGAGAGGGCCUGGUAUCUGAAGGUGACUGGUAUCGUCGAUGUUACAGCCCUAGCUUUAUUCCUAUAGCGCGAUUGUCGGAAGAAAGGCCCGAUUUAUGUGUUUUAGCAGAGUUUCCUUUGGAAGGCAGCUUUAAUGAUGUUGAACAACAUAACAACAGUGAUGUGAAUAGCGAAAUUAACUCCUCAUCACACUUGAGCAGUCUUGCAUCUAAUAGCUCUUCAUUCAUGAGUACAUCAGAGAGCAGUUAUAGUAGUGAUCAAGGUAGUGGCAGCGAGGAUAGUUCAUUCAUGUAUGAAGAAAACUCAGAUGAGGUGGACCAAGGUUCCAUCUAAGUUGGAAAUGCCCUUUCACAAGUGUUGACUGCAUGACAACCGUGUAUUUGGUAUUGCCUCUCUCUCUCUGAUUCCCCUUUCCCUGGUCCUCCCUUAAAAGGAAAAAAAAACCAAUCUGCAAUAAGUAUUUUGCAUCCCCAGAGUAAGUGUUGAUAAUGCUACUCUGAAUUGAUUGUGUUGCCUAUAGAGUUGCUUAUUUAACUGGUUUUGAUGUUGGUAACAGCAUUUUCGGGGAGAGUAUUCCGUAGUAUAGCAUCUGCUGGUGCUAUUGAACAUGGGAAGAUAGUAGAGCCGAGUUGAGAUAGAAUUCACAAGCUCACGUCAACUCAUUUUGCCUGCUUCAUACGGUAGCCGGCAGUUGCUUUACUGAAGCAAUACAAUGACAGCGAUUAGUUUUACCUAGAUAGAACAAGGACAACUUUCUGUUCUUUCUUUUACUUAUGAGCAUACAGGCAAAUCUGUUUCGAGGUCUCUUAUGUGAUGAAGUCACCAAUCAGCUGUAUACUUCUGAUCAAUUUUUUCUUGGGAAUGUGCUUACAAGGCUGUAUACUUAUAUCUACGCUGAUAAUUGAAAUGCUGUUCCCAGAUAAUAAAAAAACAAGCAGCAUAAUUCUUAAAGGUGGAGACUAA